AUGCUUGAACGAUUUCCAGUCUUUAGACCACAACGGAGAACAGUGCUUAUGAUCGCAGUAGCUAGUGUCAGUAUAUUGACUGGAAUAUUCAUUUAUUUUCAUUACAAGAGUAAAAAGGAAAAAGCUCCAUACGAGCGAUUGCUUAAUCGACCAAUUCGACGUGGGCUUAGUCGUAAAAAAAGACGCCAUAAAAAAACAGAAUCUCUAACCAGCAAAAGACCAUCCAAGUACGGUAGAAGUGCAAGGAAACGGCGAAUGAUGCAGGAUUACAGAAUUUCGCCAACCUCAAGAAGAAAAAAGCUUCCACAUGCGAAACGCAAAGCUGCCAGCUCUAGAAGUGCGCCAACCUCGAAAACCCGAGGCAAACGUGUGUCAUUUGCUGGAGAAACCACAGAUGCUUCUGCGAUGGCUUCAACACGCACAAUGGUGCCAAUGAGUGGUGCAAGUCAUGUCAGCACUUUCUCGAACCGUUCCAUGGCCCUACCCACACCUGCACCACCGAUACGAAGAAGAACAAGAGAAGAGGUCAAGUGA